UCGUUCAGACCCACCAUCAUGCCUCCUAAAAUCUCCAUCGUCCGUCACGCCCAGGGUUAUCAUAAUCUCACCCGCGACUACACGCUCCACGACCCUCUUCUAACCCCACUUGGCAAAGAACAAUGCGCGACCCUGUCUUCAGUGUAUCCCCAUCACGCAACCGCCGACCUCGUCCUCGCGUCGCCGUUGCGCCGCACCGUGCAGACUGCUUCUUAUAGCUUUGGACCAACACUUGCACGAGAUGAAGUCCCAUUUGUGCUAGUUCCAGAAUUACAGGAAGUUGCUAAUUCUGGGGCUGAUACCGGCACGGAUGCGGAGAUACUCGACAAAACCUACGAAGAGAUGUUCAAAGGGGAAGAUCUGGGGUUCGAUUUGCAAAAGAUCGAUAGAAGUCGUGUAAAGGAAGGAUGGAAUAGUAAGACGGGAUACUGGGAAUACACCCAUGAAGCGCUCGCAAACCGCGCACGCGACUUCCGAAACUGGGUUUUCCAACGCCCAGAGAAACAUAUCCUAGUCGUAACUCACGGUGCGAUUGCGCACUUCUUAACCGAAGAUGCCGACGUACCUGACCCCAUGAUUGAAACCUCGUACAAGAACUGCGAAGUACGAGAUUUCGUGUUUGCUGAGGACUCGACACCUACGACAGCCCACUUAUUGGAGACUAAGGAGAGUAAGGAAAAGAGGAAACCCCGGCGUGGAGAAGUCGAAGAGCACGAUGUCGCAGAGGUGGAAGGGUCGAUGAGUGGACAGCCUUUGAAGGUUGGCGCGUAG